AUGGAGACGUUGGUUUUGAAUGACACGGACAGUGUUCACGUUCUUCUUACAAACAUUCAGUCUUUAAAGAAACUAAGGCAUCUUGAAGAUUGUUUCACAGAUAUGGAAGAACUACCUGAUUCUGUCACUAGUCUUAGUAAUUUGCAAACAUUGGAUCUCAACCAUUGCGAAUUAAAGGUCAUUCCUGAAUCCAUCUCUGGUCUGAAAUCUCUUAGAUUUCUAAAUAUCUCAUUCAACCCCAUUGAAGAAUUACCUGUUUCUGUCACCACUCUCUCCAAUUUAGAAACAUUAGAUGUCAAUACCUGCAAAAACCUAAAAGCACUGCCAGAGUAUGUGGCAGAUCUUGCUAAUUUGAAGAUAUUUAAUUUCGAAAACUGCCCAUUAUUGAAAGCACUGCCUGAAGAUUUUGGAGCAUUAACUCAGUUAAGGUCCCUUAACUUAGAUGGUACCGAUAUCAAAGUAUUACCCGAGUCUUGUUCAAACCUUAACAAUCUUGAGUUGGUGUAUCUUCACCUUUGUGUGCUUCCCAAAGAUGUAAAGAAUUGGACAAAACUAAGAAGAUUUUAUUACAAGCAGAGAAAGGCGAUAAUAUCUGGCAUAGGAAAACUAGAAUGCCUUCAAGAGUUGAUUUAUUUGGUGCCAGAAAAUGAACCUGAACAUAGUGAUGGUAUUGAAGAGCUAGGCAACCUAAGCUCUCUUGUAGGCGUUCGAGAUCUUCAGAAUGUGAAACACCCAAUAGAUGCUGCAAGAGCAAAUUUGAAAGGAAAACGGAAUCUAAUCGAAUUGGGUCUACACUGGGGUAAAAAGGAAGAAGAAAGGGUGGGCAUGAGGUCUGACCAGAUUUUCCAAGUAUUUGAAGCUCUCCAACCUCCCCCUUGUUUGAGAAGACUGCAUGUUCGUAACUUCAUGGGGUUGAACCGUCCCUCGUGGAUUUGUCUUCCAAGCUUGGUAGAGUUGACACUCAUGAAUUGCAAAGGAAUGAAACAACUUCCAGCAGGUAUUGGGAAGCUCCCACAUCUCAGAAGAGCUGCGCCAUUCAUAUCGCCGUCUUCAAAAUCUGGUUAUCCACGGCUGCAACAGGUUGUCCAGAAUCCCUUGGUUUCCUUGUUUGAAAAUGUUGCACUUGGAGAAGAUGAAUCUCAACUUAACACAAGUGGGCUUAGUUGUGUCAUAACGAAAGGUCCAUCUGAACUUAGUGUCCCUGUCAAGUGGAGCAUCUCUGCACCUGAAGACUGA